AUGACCGACCAAAUCGAAGCCGCAAAGCGCGCAGCCGGUAAGACCGCUGUCAACAACCACUACCCCAAAGAUGCCAAAUGGGUUGGUAUCGGCAGCGGCUCGACGAUUCAGUAUGUGAUCGAAGCGAUCAACGAACUCGACGUCGACACCUCCAUGACCAAAUACGUGCCUACGGGUUUCCAAUCGAAACAGCUCAUUGUCGAGGCUGGUCUGACCCCCAUCGAGUUCGAUUCUAUCCCCGAGGGCACUGUGCUGGAUAUUGCGUUUGACGGGGCGGAUGAGGUGGAUGAGGAUUUGAAUUUGAUCAAGGGUGGUGGUGCUUGUUUGUUUCAGGAGAAGAUUGUGGCGUUGCAGGCGAAGGAGUUUAUCUGCGUUGCUGACUCGCGAAAACUCCAAUCCCGCCUCCUCUCAAACUGGAAGUAUAUCCCAAUUGAGGUCGCCCCCAUCGCCGCGCGUCGUGUCCUCACCAAACUCAGAGAACUCGGCAGUAUCAACCCCAUGGUGCGCCUCAGUGCAAGCCCCAAGGAAGGUCCCCUGAAGAGCGACCAGGACUUUUUCAUCAUCGACGCUCCCUUCAAGCCUCUUCUCACCAAGGCCGAUGUCGAGGCUGGCAAUAAUGGCAGCGGAAAGGAUGGUGUGUGGGAGGUUGAAAAUCUGGCUCGCGCGAUCAAGGGCAUUGCCGGUGUGUUAGAAGUUGGUGUUUUCUAUGGCUCGAAUGGCCCGCAGGCGCAGGCUAGGGGCGGUAUUGGUGGUCAGAAGCCGGUGGCUGCUUACUUUGGUAUGACUGAUGGUACUGUGACUGUCAGGAAGGCGCAGCAGUAG